CCUGUGCCAGUGUGACAGCGCCGUGGCCGUGGCCGUGGCCGUGGGGCGCGCGGGGACCGCCCGGGGUGCCCGCUCCGCUCAGCGUCCGGGCCGCGUGGCCCGGCGGAGCCCCGAGACCACCCCCGGGCGGGGCGCCGCCGCGAUGUCGGUGGCUGGGCUCAAGAAGCAGUUCCACAAAGCCAGCCAGCUGUUUAGUGAAAAAAUAAGUGGUGCCGAAGGAACGAAGCUAGAUGAAGAAUUUCUGAACAUGGAAAAGAAAAUAGAUAUCACCAGUAAAGCUGUUGCAGAAAUCCUUUCAAAAGCCACAGAGUAUCUCCAACCCAAUCCAGGUAAUGUCAGAACACGUCUUGAAACAUUCUGUUGCACAUUUGUGUUCAUGGAUUCUCUUGGACCCAGCUCCAUUGCAUGAGGCUGAGACAAUUUGGAAGCAAUAUCCCUGCGUACCAAUAAUGGAAUUCAGUUGUUAGAUGCAGAGCCUCCAGUGACACAGUGUGGCUGUAGCGAGUCACAAUGUGAGGCUGAAGUGCUGGUCUCAGUGCAGACAUUCCCAGAUGAACAUCUCCCGUGUUCCAGUAUUCUUCAGAAACUCACUGCACAUUUAAAGAAAGUUUUCUUAGUUAUCAAUUAUUAAUUAUCAAGAAAGUCCUCUAUACUGUUCGGAAAGAUCUGUAUGUUAACCUGUGACCCUGAUGCUGAGGCUGAGCCAUGAUAGCACAAUCUGUGGGAGCCUUGUUGGAAAUGAGCACCACUUCUGCCCCAGGCCUUCAUCCCUGGGUCCUAGACACCAGUUGUCACAGGAUGAUGAGAACCGGCAGAAGGUGCCCAAGCCUUGCACUUUUCCUAUAGGAUUUGCUGUGGGAGUCACUGUGAGUCCCUUAGCCAUAGGAAUCAGAGAGACACGGCCACACUCAUGAGCAUGUAAGAGCAUGCAUUCAGUUAAACCAUCAGUGAAGACCAGAGAGUAUAAAGGGCUUCAGAGUCGCAUGACUAAAUUUGUCCAGCCUCAUCAAGUGACUGGACUGACCAGUUCUUAUCAGCCUAUACAAAUCCAGUGUCACCUCUACAUGAAAGGUUUUCUGGGUGCUUCUAUGCACAGUCAGGCAGACUCCACCAUCCAAGAGCUGAUACUCAACAGAACAGGGAACCGUUGGCCAUCAGGGGAGUGUCCACUGGGCAGAGAAGAGAUGGCUGGUUAUCAUGAAGGUGAGGAAGCCUCUGACCUCAUCCUGUGGUCCUUAUCCCCACGAGAAGCACAGCCACCUGACAGUGGGAGACCUGGAAGAUAAGGGCUUUAAGGCUGAGAUUGGCAAGGCUCAAAAGGCUGACACCUGGAUCGCUCUUCAGAGCGUAACGCACAGCACAGCAGGACUAUCCGAGAGAUGACCGGACACACAGACUCCUAAGCUUACCCCAGACUAACUGAAUCAGUCUGUACAUUUUACAAGAUGCCUGAGUUACCUGCUUAUGUGGUUACGUGUGAGAAGACUGUGUCUAGAGUACAUUAAACAUGAAUGUUCCAGAUACCAAGGCAGUGCCUUAGAGCCUUAGGUUGGAGUUCAGUUCAUAGUCUCCAUUUCCCAUAGACACUUGCUGUUCUUCUAGCCAGCCCACUCCAUGGCCACUGAUUAACACAGAAGGAAUUCCUGCUGGACUUUACUGACGGAUAUUCCUGAGCUAUUUAGGGGCAUCUUGAAAUCUUCUGCAUCAUCUCCCUUUCCUGGCGCCACCCUGCGUUUAUCAGGGUCAUACCAUUCUGCUACUCUGCAUUGGCACGCAUACAGAGCUAAGCUAGGAAUGCUGAACACUGUGUCGAAGCUCCGAGGGCAGGUGAAGGCCACUGGCUACCCACAGACGGAAGGCUUGCUGGGGGACUGCAUGCUGAAGUAUGGCAAGGAGCUCGGAGAAGACUCUGCUUUUGGCAACUCGUUGGUAGAUGUUGGUGAGGCCCUGAAACUCAUGGCUGAGGUGAAAGACUCUCUGGAUAUUAAUGUGAAGCAAACUUUUAUUGACCCACUGCAGCUACUGCAAGACAAAGAUUUAAAGGAGAUCGGGCACCACCUGAGAAAGCUGGAAGGCCGUCGCCUGGAUUAUGAUUAUAAAAAGCGGCGGGUAGGUAAGAUCCCCGAGGAAGAAAUCAGACAAGCAGUAGAGAAGUUUGAAGAGUCAAAGGAGUUGGCCGAAAGGAGCAUGUUUAAUUUUUUAGAAAAUGAUGUAGAGCAAGUGAGCCAGCUGGCUGUGUUUGUAGAGGCGGCAUUAGACUAUCACAGGCAGUCCACAGAGAUCCUCCAGGAGCUGCAGAGCAAGCUGGAGUUGCGAAUAUCUCUUGCAUCCAAAGUCCCCAAGCGAGAAUUCAUGCCAAAGCCUGUGAACAUGAGUUCCACCGAUGCCAAUGGGGUCGGACCCAGCUCUUCAUCAAAGACACCAGGUACUGACACUCCCUCGGACCAGCCCUGCUGUCGUGGUCUCUAUGACUUUGAGCCAGAAAAUGAAGGAGAAUUAGGAUUUAAAGAAGGGGACAUCAUUACAUUAACCAAUCAGAUAGAUGAAAACUGGUAUGAAGGGAUGCUUCGUGGGGAAUCCGGCUUCUUCCCCAUUAAUUACGUGGAAGUCAUUGUGCCUUUACCUCCGUAAAUGUGUCUUUUGGACCUAACUUCAGAACUGAAAUGAAUUGGCACCAGUGCUCUCUCAGUGUGGUGUUCUGUGACAUCCUCGCUCUCUGGCCCACUUAAUCACUUUUGUAUGUGUGUUUUCUUUAUAAUGUAUUUUGUAUCAAUUUAAUUUGUAUAACUGAUUUCUUUGUCCUAACUCAUAAAAAUAGUUUUCUUCUUGUUCUAAAAAGUCAUUGGUUAAAUGUAUUUGCUUCCUGUUGCUAAAACGAGUAAAUUGCGCCCAUUCGAAUGGCCUGGGUAGUCCUUGACUGCAGUGGGAACGCACCCUUUGCAGCCAUGAAAGCUAAAGGUUUUGUUUCCUGACAUUAUUGAUGGCCUCUGGUCUUUUCCUGUUUUAAGCUUACCUGUGAACAGCCCAAUAAACAUGACACACUGUA